AUGAAACAAUGCGUUUGUUCUGCUGAGUAUUUGGUUGUUGUCGUGAGUACAUGGUCAAACACGCGGUCAUUCUUAUUUUUAGUAUUUGACAGUAUCGAGGAAUAUGCACCAGGAUUUAAAUCUUCAGUGGUCGGUAGAGAUAUUUUAACCCCGCCUGAUUUGGAGAAAACAUUUGGUCUCACUGGUGGGGUAAGUAGAUACAACAUGGUACAUCAUAAGGAAUUGUUACGUGGCUAGACAGUCUCGUUUUAUUGAUCGAGACCAGCAUCGUCCCCAGGCUCCAGUACGUGCGUGGGGUUUGCGAGGCGCAGCCACUGGGCGUAUCUAUUCCCCCUUUUCCCGCCCACGCGUGUUUCUCCCGCGCCGGGGACGAGGCUGGAUUGAGACGAUGAUAGGCUUUAACUGAUGUCACAUACACGAAAACGAGGCUCUACAGCUAAAGUCACGUUUUUUGCGGAAGGGUAUAUUGUGCAACGAAGUUUGUAGGUACCAACCUCGUUCCCAGGCUCUUCCCUCUUGGGAACGAGGUUGUGUAGGUGCACCCAAAAUGACGUCAUGCAAGUGGCUUUCAUCUUGCUCCAAUUCAGUGCACAAGGAGGGCAUUUUAAACAAAAGAAUCUCAUUAUUGUCCUCAGUCUGCCUUUGUGUUAAAAUACCUAUGCAUCAUCAUUCUCAUCCACAUGCAAGCGAUCCCCAACCCCAGCGGGAGUCAGUUGGAUUGCUUAUGUUGCUAUAGUACACGUGUUAAGUAUCUUGGUUACAUUUCACUUCAGAACAUCUUUCAUGGUGCAAUGUCUCUCGACCAGUUAUAUUUUGCGAGACCGGUUCAAGCACUCUCAAACUACAGAACUCCUGUCAAAGGACUCUAUUUGUGCGGCAGUGGAACCCAUCCUGGUAAGAUACACCGCUGACAAGGCCGUGUAUAAUUCAUAAAAAAACUCGGGAAGUUUAGGGGUAUUUACAACUGUUCUGAUAAUGUAAUAAUGAAGAGGAAUGAACCAUAAAUUAUCUCUCAUAAACCCUUGUUACCACCCGCGUGCUAUGCCAAAUAUUGCGUGAUUCUGCUGUUUGCACAGGGUUACCUGCGGAUGAGCCAACAGGCGGCAUUAACUGCGUUUGCGCCGCAGAAUUAAUUACCAUCAGUGUUCGUAGCCCACGUAAAUUCGAGUUCGCUGAUUCGAUAUAUUCAUGCUAUUACUCACAAUAGAUCCGCUUGUUAGAGGUUAAAUAGUGAGUUGACUGGGUAAAGGCUCUUUUCCACUUAUCGCAAAAACCAACUCCCGUUUUUGCAACGAGUUGAAAAGAGCCUUUAAAAGGCAGGUAAGGCCUCAGUACUCUAAUGUUUAUUUCAUUAUGUUUCAGGUGGAGGAGUGAUGGGUGCUUCAGGGAGAAAUGCGGCCAACAUUGUACUGCGUGAUCGUAAUAAAUGA